UUUACACAAGGGCUUGUAAAACUCACCAAACUUCCUCAUAAACUCCCCGCAAAGAGGGUUUCAUUUUUAAGAAACUCCAGCCCCGGCUGAUAUCGGAUUCCAGAAACCUCGGCGGGGAGAGUGGUGGACGAGGUACUCCAGACCCGGCAUUCGGGGGGGAGAAAAGGUGAUGCAUAGUUAUCCUUGACUCCUGGCCCCCUCCCCCCAGAGAUGCUUCACUUCCCAUGGGGCUUUGCGGUUUUUCUUCCAUUUCUCCUCAGCCUGGCUUCUGAUCCCCGUGACCCUUGCUAUGAUGCCAACCGACGUCCGCGCUACUGCCUCCCAGAACUGUCUGAACUGGCUUCAGGGCGUUUGGUGGAAGCGUCCAGCACGUGCGGCAGACCUCCUGGGCGAUUCUGCACCUUCCGGGACUCAACCGACACCGCCUCCAAAUUCUGUCAGCCCUGCAAAGAAAACUCUCACCCGCCAGAGUACCUCACGGACACCGAUGGUGGUGCUACUUGCUGGUGGUCCCGGCCAGCAGCCAAUGCCACGCUUACGUUGACACUGGGACGCCGUGUUGAAGUUCUCUAUGUGGCUCUCCGGUUUUGUUCCCCACGCCCAGAAUCCCUGGCUAUUUACAAGUCUAUGGACUACGGGCGCAGUUGGGUGCCCUUUCAGUUCUUCUCUGCCCACUGCCGGCGGCGCUACCACUUGCCAACAACCACUGUUAUUUCGAAGUCCAUGGAACACGAGGCAGCCUGUAUUGAUGCCCAAACAGCCCCGAAGCCUCUCGCUGGGGGAUUGGUAGCCUUCCUGCCUCUAGCGGGCCGUCCCUCGGCCAGGAUGUUUGAAUACAGUCCUGUCCUCCAGGACUGGGUGACUGCCACUGACCUGCGGGUGUCGUUUGACCGCAUGCACUCAACACGGACGCUGGGGCUGCGAAGAAGGGAAGCGUCCUAUGGGGUGGCUGAACUGCAGAUCGGGGGCAGAUGCAAAUGCAACGGGCACGCGUCACGGUGCACGGCUGGGAAAGAUGGUGGGGCACCCCAAUGCGAUUGCCAGCACAACACAACUGGGCCAGAAUGUGACACCUGCAAGGCCUUCUACUGGGACAGACCCUGGCAACGGGCAACACCCAAAGACGCGCAUGAGUGUGUGGCUUGCAGCUGCCACCUCCACUCCCACCGCUGCUGCAGGUUCAGACUGCGACUCUUUGAGCUCUCAGGGCGCCAAAGCGGGGGGAUAUGCUUGAACUGCCGACACCACACAGCUGGCCGCCAUUGCCAGUAUUGCUUGCCAGGCUUCAAGCGCGACCUCAGCCGCUCCAUCACAAGCAGUAAGGCCUGCAAAGCUUGCCAGUGUCACCCUAUUGGAGCAGUUGGUGCCAUAUGUAACCAGACGACUGGGCAGUGCCAAUGCAAGAACGGGGUUACUGGGCUGACCUGCAACCGCUGCGCCCAAGGUUUCCAGCAGAGCCGGAGCGCUCACACCCCCUGCAUUCGGAUCCCGGAAGUGACGACAACCACCAUGGUCCCCCCACAGGAAUGGAACACAG